GUUGAUAGUUUUGAGGUUCUUGUUUUUCAAAGAGAUGUAUGGAAAAAAGCUGAUUACAGUGAUUUAUAUGGAUAUGUAGAAGAAAUUACUGUAGUUAAUUCAUCUGGUAUGAAGAUCAACCAAUUGUGCAAUCAUUUAAUUCUAUAUAAUAUUUAGGAUUAAAAAAUUGCUGUCUGAUAACAUUUUGUUAUGUGGCAACCAUGCAAGAAAAACAUGAAAAUGAAAACAUUUAUUAUAUCAUACUACUUAAUUACAUACUGUACCUACUACUAUUGAAUGUGUUUUGUAGGAGUUCAGAUCAAAACAUCUGUCAUGUUUUAUUAUGAUGAAGAACCAUGCCUAACUUUAAUUGGUUAUGGAAUGUGGCCAGCUACACCCAAAGAGCCAAAGGUUGCAUUUGAGAUCCACCUGAUGGAAGUCGCUGAAGUACUUUUUCUUGAAUGCCGUUUGUCAACAAAGCAAUUUUGCAAUGCCCUAAAGUGGUUAUGUCCAGAUCUAUCUCAAGCUUAUGUAAGUAGCUAUAACCAACAUUACCAAAGUGGUUACCAAAAAUGUGAAAUUCUUAUUAGUGUGUUUGCAUGUAUGGGUUUGUUUCAUUAUGGCAGAAGAUUUGACUUGGAAUGGAAUAUAGUACUUUAUUAAACUGAAAGAUUGGUCUGAUUGGAUCUUCAGAUUGUCCCUAUAAUCUGGUCACCUAAUUAAUUGUAAUGCCUACCCCACCUUGUCAACUCUCCCUAAAGUUGGGAGGAAAUCCAAUUGCUCAGAGGAACCUACAACUUCCAGUGGAGCAUUGAGAAAGUUACGGUACUCUUUUCCACACAUGAAAGUUGAAAGUUCCUGUUGAUGAGAAUCGAUCCCACAACUUGUGGGGAAUAUCAAAUUGAAUCGAAUUUACAAAUGCAUUGCAAUUAAUAUUGUGGUUCAAUCAGCCACUCUUCUAUCUGGCAUUAACCACUUUCUAACUACUAGGUAAAAGACAUUUACCGACUACUUGUUGGCGAGUGCUUCACAGAAUUUAGAUUUAUGCGACAUCAGUUCCGGACACUAAAACAGCUCAACCCGCAACUUGUAGAUGAUGGGACUAUAUGUCCAGCAUGUCCCAAAGUGAGUCAAUUUUGAUUAAUUUUUGUAAUAUAGUGCUGUAUGUAUGAGAAUGGUAAUUCGAAUUUCCUUAUUUGAGAUCUGUUGUUGUUAAUAUACAGUACUAACACCAACACAUAACCCAAGUAAACAGUACGAAGCUCACAGUUCAUGAACGUGGCUAAAGUGGUGUAAAUAAGUAGUGCGUGAAAAACGUUAUAUUAUUCCCUCCAAGGAAGAAGGAACUGUACACAUUUCUGUGGAUGCACUAUUUGGGUGUGUAAGGAAAAGAAGUUCAGGCGAAAGUUCUGCUCCGCCGAAACAUGGUGAAACGUUUUUUAUCUCACAAGACAACGUUGAUGCCUUCAUCAGUUCGUAUGGGAAAAAGAAAGAUGCGAAACUAGAAGUCGUGAGUGAAUUACAAAUUAAUCUAAAGAUUGUAAUUGCCCAUGCCAUUGACUUUCUAAUACAGGGUGUAUAAAAAAAAAACUGAACAGAUAUGAAUUUACUCUCAAUUUCGGAAAACUGCUUUUAGUAUCCAGUUUUUGAUGUAUAUAGUAUCUUUGGGUACAAGCUUAUAAUGUAGAAUAAUGCAAAAAAUUUCUCGAACUCAAAUUUUGUGAACCAGGGGUGUGUGUCUUUUCCAACAAACUAAAAACGGCUUGUGCACGCAAUUUAAAAGCUUUAAUCAUAUUUUGAGUUAAUAGAUGGCAAAUGUGUUGGGUUUUUAAUUACUGUGCAAAAUGUCAGACAAUUUGCUUUAGUUUAAGUCCUUUGACUAUUCAUUUUUUCUUAAAAAAUCAGCCUUUCGCAUGCUUAUAAUUAAUGUCUUUACCUAAUUUGCAUAUUGCUGACAUAUGCAAAUUAGGCAAAGGCAUUAAUUAGCAUGCAAAUAGCUGAUUUUUAGGAAAAAAUGUAAGUUUGCGUGAAUAGUUAAGGGGCUUAAACUAAAGCAAAUUGUCUGAAAUUUUGUACAGUAAUUAAAAACCCAUUCCUAUUUCCAUCUAUUAACUCAAAAUAUGAUUAAAGCUUUUAAAUUUUGUGCGCAAGUCAUUUCUAGUUUGUUGGAAAAGACACCCCCCCCCCUGGUUCACAAAAUUUGAGUUCGAGAAUUUUUUGUCAUUAUUCUACAUUAUAAGUACCCAAAGAUACUAUAUACAUCAAAAACUGGAUACUAAUAGCUGUUUUUCGAAAUUGAGAGCAAAUUCAUAUCUGUUUUAUACACCCUGUAUAUCGUUUUUCAAUAGUCGAUAUAGAUACAUGUAAGCGUCAUACUAACAUACUUUGCCGCCACUUUUCUCGAAUGAGAUGCUUAUGGAUUGCAUUCAUCUCCUCAUAGUUUGCUCCUCACGUACUGUUCCCCUUUUUUUGAUCCUGACGAACUGUUUACAACGAAGCCUAAAUUAAAACUCUCAAGGUUUUUUUUUCUUCUCAAGGAGUGCAAUCAAUUUCAAGCUGGAACAAAUUUAAGAUCCAAAAUAAAGUCAAACAAGCUUGACGAAACAGCGGUGUUUGGAUGUUCUUGUCGGCAUGAAGUUCCUAACACUUUCUUUAGUCUUAAGCGUGGAGAGCAGUGAGUAGUAAUUAAAUAUAUAAACGAAUAUUAUACCUCACAAUGAGCUUGUCCAAUCAGAGAACUAAAUUUGUACCACAUGACCAUGGUAUUUUUCAGUGAAUACUAUGACCUAGGCAAUUUGAACCCUGGGUGUUUUACCCGGGGCCAUGGUAUUCGACUUUGAAUACCACGCUUGAGCGGGAAAUUCGACUUUUUUAAAUGUAAAGUUAUCAAAAGUUGUGUUUUGAAAUUAAAAGUUAAUUGAAUGGUAUUUGUUUUCUACUUAUUUUUGAAAGGUUCGGUAUAAUAUACCAUUUAUAGACCUUUCACUCGGGGUAUUCCACAAAAAAUUACCCUGCGGGAUGAAAUAUUCCUCGGGCUUCGCCCUCGGAAUAUUUCAUCCCUCAGGGUAAUUUUUUGUGGAAUACCCCUCGUUUCAGGUCUAUAACUGAUAAAUAUACCCAUUUAAUUACAGGGAUCAAAACAAUAUUUACUCGUUCAACGGUCAAUGGCCGGCCAAAAAGCUCUUAACCGGCAACAUUUUUACCUGAUGGGUCAUCUUGAGUUUUUGAUUGUCUCUGCCUAGCUAAAUAUUGUCAGAGAAAGACAUACUGUAAUAAGGACGCCAAUUUUGUAUAAUAAUUGUACGUUUACCAAUUAUUUCGAUCAUGAACAGGGACCUACAGUACGUGCAUUUAUUGCAUUUGAUCUUAAAGUUAUACUGCAGUGUCAGUACGUUUAGGUAAACAUUAAUUAAAUACAGUAUUUAUUUAUUACUUUAACAGGAUAUCAAAUGCAGUGUUUCUAUUGAAACACGUAAAAGAGAAGAUUUCGCAUCCUUCAGUUAAGCUAAAUUUUCUGUACGAUAUUGCUUGCACUUUGGAAUCUCAUUUAAAGGUUUGUUAAACUAUUAACUAUUAAGAUGUUUAUUGGAAGUAUGUUUCGAUAAUAUUUUAGAGCACAUAAAAAAUGGUAUCAAUACGACUUUAUGAAAACAUUAAUUUUGUGGUGUGUACUGUUGUAGUACACACCAUCAGUGGCGUAGCAUGCGCGACAAUUUAGUCCCGCCAUGCAAAUUCAAAAUUAUUUAACAAUUAUUCGCCUCGUGCUCGGUGAUUAUCGCGGAAUAUUCACCGAGACGAAGUCGAGGUGAAUAUUUCCAGAUAAUCACCGAGCAUGAGGCGAAUAAUUGUUUUAGUAUUUUACACAAGUACUGAAUUUAUUUUAAAUUUCUCUUAUUUCUUUAUCAGUAAACUUCCACAAACCGGCUAGCGGCCAUUUUGGAAAUUUCGGUUUUGUUAUAUUCACCUGUAGGUAAAUAUUGUUAUAUUCACCUGUAGGUAAAUAUUGUUAUAUUCACCUGUAGGUAAAUAUUGUUAUAUUCACCUGUAGGUAAAUAUUGUUAUAUUCACCUGUAGGUAAAUAUUGUUAUAUUCACCUGUAGGUAUAAAUAUAACAUCUUAGUAUUUUUGCACAAGUGAACAAUCCUACAAGUGGAUUGGUCAAAUUUGACGACUAUUAAGCUGUUAUAUCCACCUAUAGGUGAAUAUAACAAAACCGAAAUUUUAAAAAUGGCGGCUAGCCGUUUUGUGGAAAUCACGAUACUGAUAAAAAAUAAGCGAAAUUAAAAUGAAUUCAGUAAAAAAAAAGUAACAAAAGACUUGUGUAAAAAUACUUAAACAAUAAUUGUUAAUUAAUACGUCAAAUUUGACCAAUCAGGUUGUAGGAUUUUUAUAUUCACUUAUGCAAAAAUACUAAUAACAAUUAUUCGCGGAAGGCAAGGUGAUUAUCGGGGAAUAUUCACCAAGACUAAGUCGGGGUGGAUAUUCCCCGAUAAUCACCGAGCCUGAGGCGAAUAAUUAUUUUAGUAUUUUUACACAAGUCUUGUGUUUUUUGGGACUGAAAUUAUUUUAAUUUCACUUAUUUCUUUAUCUGUGAUUUCCACAAAACGGCCAGUCGCCAUUUUGUUUUCACCCACAGGUGAAUAUAAGGGAAUAUAUCGCGUCAAAUUUUACCAAUCACCACGUCGGAUUUCUUAUAUUCACUUGAAUAAGAAUACUAUUUAUCAUCAUUCAUUUCUUUAGAAAUUGAUUGUUUUCACAGUCAAUGAACACGAAAAAAAUUACAUAGCGGGACUAAGUCGUCGGGCUGGCUACGCCACUGCAUGCCCACCAUUAAUAUACAUAUUAUAUUUUAAGUUGUCUUAUUGACAUAACAUAACACUUGCAGAUCUAGUAUUGUUCGAUGCUGAAUUAAUAUAAACGAGUAUGUUUAUGACAUUCAGUAUAUAUUUCAUAAUUUCCAGUCUUGAAUCCGUCUGUAGCUCAGUAGGUAGAGCGUCGAUCUAGUAAUUCGAAGGUCGCGGGUUCAAGACCCAGCCGCGGCAGACUUUAUCUUUCUGCUUGCGCUGGUUAUGGGAAUUAUAUAAUACACACUCUAGAACAUUUUCAUCUUAACAUAUUAUAUUUUGUAUAUUUUACAAAAGAAGAAUAAUCAAAGCAAUAAAACAGAAAAAAACACAAAGUAAUAAGAUUAAUAUUUAGGCGAGUGGCCAAUCUGAUUUGUUGGAUGAUGUAAAUCUUGCAGUUCCUACGUUCCACGUAUAUGGUCAUAAAGUAAAGUGUCAGGUAUUUUUUGAUUACUUAAAAAUCUUAUCGUUGUAGGCUAUAUCGUUAUAUUUAAGUUGUCAUAUAUCGUUCAUCUAUAUAUAGAUAUUGUAUAGCCCCAGAAGAUUGGAAGGAUUUGGACUGACAGAUGGAGAAGUUAUGGAGCGACUUUGGUCAUAUCUUCGUCCCACGGGAAAAAUCACUAAGGAAAUGACUGCCAGCCACCGAGUCGAUGCGCUUACUGAUUACCUGUUACACUAUACGAGGAAAUCAGUAUCGCAGAUUGGUACGCUAUCGAAUUUUCCCUAAUUACAGUAUUGCCAAUAAGACUAUUAUACGUUAAACUCUUUUUAUGUGGCUACCUGUACGUUCUCUUCAUUUAGGUGAUUUAUUAUGCCAACGGUUGCAAAAAACCUUGCAGAUGCAGAAGUACAGCAGCAAAGAAUUAACUCUUCUAUCUUCAAAACUUGGAAAGAGUGGUGAGUAUUUUAUACAGUAAAACUAAAAUCGUUUGAGUCAAUUGAGUUCGCGUGUUAAAAAUAAUGUAGCUGGUUGUGUACAAUAUAUCGCUGCUAUACGUUUUUAAAAAGCCGCCACCUCUAAAAAGCCGCUACGGUUAAUUCACCCAGAAGCAACAGUGAGUAGGUUAAUUAAUAAUUCGUCGUCAUACACAUGCACAAUCCUGCAUGUAUAGUCAAAAUAUAAGUAAUUUCCGAUUAAAAAGUUAUUUAAAAAACGUUCAGUGAAGUCUAUUUAGAUUUCUAUACAGUAUUUGUCCUAGAAAUUUUUGUAUGAUACAUGUAUUCGUUGUGUUAUGGGGCUGACACACACACACGGAAACAAACAAACUUACUGCAUAUACAUAUACAGGAGUAGAAAAACUAACCUGCCGAAGGUAACCAAGAUUUUGAGUACACAUAUCCUCAAACCCGAUAAGAUUUUGUACUUCGCAAAUGACGUUUUAUGUUCUUUUGCUGAUGUGGUAAUACAGAGAACACCUUACAAGCAGAAGUCCAGACAUGGGUGGAAGAAGAAAAAGAAACUUACCUUCAAAAAUCCCAGAUGUCAAGUAUGUAAUUAUAUUUCAUGAAGGAUCAUUUCGUUUUUGUGGUUAAUGUUAAUAUAAUAUUAUUUGGAAGACUUUUCUUUAACUUAAAGAUUUUUUUGUGGAAAAGUCUUGCAGAAGACAGAAGUAAAUAUGUACGUCCACCAGCUUACUAGAUGCCAUUCGUAAUGCAACAUUUUAGAUUGCGACAUCAAAUGUUGUAAGAAACUAUUUUUUUCUUCUUCAAACAGAUACAAGCAAAGAGUUUGGGUCUUUUGAAUAUGCAGAAAGACUGCAACAAUUCUAUUCUGCAAGGUAAGUUGUUUACAUGAUACAUUGCAUGUAUAUCGCAUGUUCCCUGACGAUGGCUCUGCGCACGUAAAAACGCACAAGUUGUUACAGGUUGCAAACAAGUUGUUACAAGUCUGUUCACAAGCCGUCGACAAGUUGUGUUCGCACUGCUUGUUCCCAGUUGUAACAAGUUUAGAACAAGCUGUUAACAACUUGUAACAAGCUUGAUGACAUUAUCAGACUUAUUACAAGGUCAUUCUAACAAGUCUGAUAGAGUCAUGCUAAACAAGGAUGUUAUAAGGUUGACGACACAAGGUUGUAACAAUACUGCUAUAUCAUGACUAUCGAAUUUGCUGGAACAACCUUGUAAUAACAAGCCUGAUAAUAUCAACAAGGUUGUUACAAAUUGUUAACAGCUUAUUCCAAACGUGUUAACAACCUUGGACAAGCAGUGCGAACACAACUUGUUGACAACUUGCUAUGCAAGAUGUGAGAUUUUUGCUAUACAAGAUGUGAGAUUUUUUACGCGCGUAAAAUAAACUUCUGCAUGAAAUUGUUGUUUGUAUUUUCUAUAUGAUCGUUCACUUUUGACUGUUUAAUCUUAUCUAUGUGAGGUCCGAAAACUCUAAAUGUGUUCCCGAUUCACCGGCAUGGAGAACUACAGUUCAAAAUGUACAGAGGUAAUUGACUUUCACUGGACUUCAUUGUGAUGAAAUGAGCAGUGACAUACGCGCGUAUGGCUAAACUGUUGAAGCAAUCGCAUUUUAGGCCCUCUCUCUAGACUAGUUUCAUAAGUUUAUGAAAGGUUUUGCAUAAAUUUAUUUUAGGCUAGAUAACGUCUUAAAGAAGAUGGAAAAAGGGAUGACGAGAUGGCCAGAUGACAGCCCCGCAUUUUAUGAAGCAAAACGAAGUUUGGAAAAACAGAACAGGAAGGAGCAACUGGAGAAGAUUCGCCAUAUGGCAUCGGAAAGAUGGUUUUUACUUCAAUUAAUGAAGAAGUAUGCAGGUACAGUAAGAUUAAUCGUAAUAUUAAUAAAACUUUGUAGACGCACACGCAUUUAGGUAUGUUUGACAGAUUCUACUCUCUUGGAUCACGAAACUUAGAAAACUAUUUUGGAGGAAACUACUGUACUGCCGUUGUUUACCCGUAGUUCUUUAAGUUGGCGUGCUGCACUAUACACAUCAAAAACGCGCACUUGCUCUUAACUGGUACUUUGACAUCUGCCAUCACUCCUUGGCCUAAAGUAUUUUUGUUAUGCGCAGAAAAUAUGCACAAACGGUAACACUGCUGCUUUAAACUACUCGCGCAUUCAUCAAUGAAACAUCGUUUGGAGAUCGGCUUCGCAUUAUGCAAUCCAAUGCAGUUUCGAUCCUUGCAAGAUGUUACUUGAUAUUUUAUGGUGAUAUACUGUAAUUCAAUCUGGAAAACCCGUGACGACUGACGAGAUGCAUGGUAAUACUGAGUAUUUCCUAUCAGCUUUGUUGCGGACAAAAUGGACAAUCGUAAACCAUUUGUAUUUAGUAAUUGCUAACGAACGGCUGUUAAACCAUGAUAUUCUAUUUUAGAUGGUCAAAGUAUUGCGAAGAAACUUUGCGGGCAAAUCAAUAGACAAACGAGUAUGAUAAAGAAAGCCGUCAAUUCCUACAAUGCCAAUGCUGGUCAAUUUUCAACCAUUGUCGAUUUUCAAUAUCCAGAUGAAGUGACUUUUGAGCAGUGUACCGAUAUCGAAUCGUCCUUGUGGGAUGGGAUGGAGAGCACGGAGCAAUGCAAUUUACCCAGAUCAAUUAUAAAACACUUAAUUAAUAUGUUCAAUACGAAGAAAAGAUGUGAAGAAGAAGUCGUUAUGUUGAAAGAUGAAAUGAACAACUGCAUUAACUUCUUCUCGCAAUACCUACAUCAACUUGAUAGUUGGUAUAAGGCGUUAAAGGCAGACGAGCUUUCUUAUGGCAAUCGUGGCAUUAUAGCUGUACUGUCUUCAAGAACACGUUCACUUUCUCUGUUCAUUUGUGUGCUCAAACAGCAAUUUAACAUUGAUGUUACCGACACUGAGAGUGCAAAUGAUCUUGACGAGGACAUUACCGAAGAAGCAAUUGCGGAGUAUUAUAGCAUGCUUAACAUGGAGAGCAUGGAAAGUGACAAUGACGACUUCGGUGAUGAUGAUGACGACGAUGAUAUCGACAAUAGCGAUGAUAUCGACAAUAGCGAAGAUUAA